UUGUAUUUAAAAAAUAUGAAGAAAGGUCCCCUCAGAAUUGUGUCAUUGCUAUAUGAGAAUGAUAUUUUGUUGUUAAUUUACAAAUACAUGUGAUUCGGUCCCCCACAUGAAGAAUCCUGCGUCCUUAACUGAUGAUAGAGUUCUUCUUUCUUUUUUUUUCCUUAACUCUUUGGUAAUGAUAGGUUCCGGUUUAUUAUAUUCUACUUAAAAAAUUAAUCCGAUUAUAGGUUUUGGAAAGCUGCUUGGAAUUGUAAAUCCGUAAAAUUUCUUUGUGGAGUGACUUCCACUAGAAUUUGGUAGAUUGUACAGACAUUAUUUUGAGGUUAUAACUUCCAAACCGUAUUGGGACUUUUGGGGCACUGGAGGGUAUUUUCACAGCCUUUUCGAUGGGAUUUAUCAGUUGAAAAGAGAGGCUCACUUGAUGGUGCAUCAAGUGGUAUUGGCAGAGAGACUACACGUGUCCUCGCUUUGCGUGGUGUACAUGUAGUUAUGGCAGUUAGAAAUACUGAUAGCGGCAGAAAAGUGAAAGAAGCUAUACUUGAGCAAAAUCCGAAUGCAAAAAUUGACGUAAAGGAGUUAGAUCUCGGUUCACUUGCAUCCGUAAGGAAUUUUGCUUCGGAAUUCAAGUCCUUGGGCUUUCCCUUGAACCUCCUCAUUAACAAUGCAGGAGUUUUUGCUCCUCCUUUCAUGCUUUCCCCAGACAAUAUUGAUCUUCAGUUUCAAACUAAUCAUUUAGGUCAUUUUCUUUUGACAAAUCUUUUGUUGGAGACCAUGAAAAGUACAACACAUCAAAGCCACAAAGAAGGAAGGAUUCUUACUGUCUCAUCAGGAAGUCAUUGGUUUGCAUUCCGUGGAAUUCAGUUUGACAGAAUCAAUGAUAGAAUCAAUGAUGAAUCUAGGUACAAUAGAAUCUAUGGUUAUGUACAAUCAAAGCUUGCUAACAUAUUACAUGCUAAAGAGCUUGCAAAGUGCUUAAAGGAAGAAGGGGUGGAGAUAACUGCGAAUUCAGUUCAUCCUGGAUGCGUUAACACCAACAUUAUGCGUUAUAUCAGCUUUCUUGAUGGCUCCUCUACAAUUUCAUCAUGUUUAGUGAAAAACGCUUCUCAGGGAGCAGCAACGACAUGCUAUGUAGCAAUGCAUCCACAAGUUAAGGGAAUAAGUGGAGAGUAUUUCGCAGACUGCAACAUAGCAAACUCGAGCUCUCUAGCUAAAGAUGUAGAACUGGCAAAGAAAAUGUGGGAUUUCAGCAUGAGUUUGACUGAUGCCAAGUGAUGUCCUGCAUCUUAAGGUUAUAUGAGGGCAAGGGAUGUUAAAACUUGCUACAGGAAAUAACUGGCAAGAAGGAUAAAUUUGGCCUCCUGAAGAAACAUUUGAUAUGUAUUUAAGGAUAUAUCAUCUGUUGAUAAUGUCUUGAAACGUCUAAAACACUAGAAGUCUUUUUCUCGAUAAUUGCAUACCAAAAAUAGGAUACAAGUGUUUUUACAUCUACAAGUGUGCGUAGCCCAUUUUAACUUACUUGUUUAUUCGACGGGACCAUUACUAGAAGGAUUGUAAACUAAUGGUGGUGAGAAUAAUAGUACACACCACACUUGGUGGAUUUAUAGAUUCGAUGUUCAUUUACUCAAGUCUGUAUAUGUAAAACAAUAUAUCCGGUCCAGUAAAAAUUUACUUGAAUGUGUAGUUCAAUUCAAUUUGAUGC